GACGACGACAACAACAACAACAAUAACGACGAGAACGACGGCGACGUUUCGGCAACAAGCCGACGGUACCGCAACGGAUUGCGAAAAUCAGCGUGACGUUGAAGCGAACGUGUAUUAUCGUUCCUUUUUUUUGGGAACUAGACACCGAGCUAGACCGAGUCUGGAAUUUGACUACAGGAUCGAAGGAUGCUGGCCCGCUGUCUAAUCUUCGCAGGUGCAGCUGCUGUAGUAACGUCCGCGGGCGGGCACGGCUUCGACGCGCACUUACGCGGUCCCAGUUUUAUGCAGGAGCCGCCGUCGAGGAUCGAGUUCUCGAAUUCAAGCGGCGCCUGGUUGGACUGCACGGCUUCCGGAAGUCCGCCGCCCAAUAUCGACUGGUCCACUGCGGACGGGCAUCCGGUGAACGAUGUGUCCGGCGUACGGAGAGUGCUCAGAAAUGGUACUCUGGUGCUGUUGCCGUUUCCGGCCGCGGCCUAUCGGCAGGAUGUUCAUAGCGCCGCGUACAGAUGCGUGGCGAGCAACUCGGUCGGUCGAGUGCUCAGCCGCGACGUGCAAGUCAGAGCAGUGGUGGCUCAGGCGUAUAAAGUCGAUGUGGAGGUGACGGGGGGUGCAUCAAGGGGAUGCACUGCAAUAUUACGAUGCAUCAUACCCAGCUACGUCAAAGAUUUGGUGCGGGUCGUAUCCUGGCUACACGAGCCUUCAUCCUACAUAUAUCCUUCGCUACAAGGAGACGGCAAGUUCCACCUGCUUCCCACGGGAGAGCUUCUAGUGCACAGUCUUGAGUUCAGCGACCAGCUGAACGGCUACAGAUGCCGCACGAUGCACCGUCUCACGAGACAAGUGGUCGUUAGUUCUAUGGCCAACAUUAGGAUAGCAGAUCAUAGAGGCGUAAUGCCUCCCGUUAUACUUGAAAAUUCCGGCGUCGUUCACGUCGCUCAGGAUGAAUCGACGUCGUUAGUCUGCGUGGCGCAGGCUUGUCCCUCGCCUGAAUACCGGUGGUACGCGCAAACAGGUGCAGAACCGAUGCUCGUACUAUCCGGACCCAGAACCAGACUGCUCGGUUCUGUACUAGCCAUUGAGGCAGUAACGUUGGAGGAUAGUGGCGUGUAUCGUUGUUCUGUUUCGAAUUCUGGUGGCGAAACAAGCGCUGAAAUCAGGUUAAUCGUGACAGCGCCUCUUCACGUGGAAGUAACGCCACCUUUACUCAGCGUUCACUUAGGAGGUAACGCCGAGUUCAGAUGCGAAGUCGGCACGCAUCCGCAGGCCGGACCUCACUUUAUCACGUGGUACAAAGACGGCCGACAACUUCCAGGAACAGGAAGGCAAUCGGAAUUGUUGAAGCUCAACGGGAUCGGAAGGGAGGAUCGUGGCAUGUAUCAGUGCAUUGUAAGAAGAUCAGAAGGCGAUACGGCUCAGGCAUCGGCGGAACUUCAACUAGGUGACGCUCCGCCCGUGCUUCUGUACUCGUUCAUCGAACAGACCCUCCAGCCGGGACCCGCUGUAUCCUUGAAGUGCUCCGCCGCGGGAAAUCCUACACCUCAGGUAUCAUGGGCGUUGGACGGUUUUCCGUUACCAACUAAUGGAAGAUUCGUAAUUGGUCAAUAUGUGACGGUGCACGGCGACGUCAUUUCCCACGUGAACAUAAGCCAUGUUAUGGUUGAGGACGGAGGCGAAUAUUCCUGCACGGCUGAAAAUCGUGCGGGAAAAGUGACACAUGCUGCGCGACUGAAUGUUUACGGCCUUCCGUACAUACGUCUGAUUCCUAAAGUGACUGCCGUCGCUGGCGAGACUCUCCGUUUGAAGUGUCCUGUGGCCGGAUAUCCGAUCGAAGAGAUCAAAUGGGAAAGAGCGAAUCGCGAGUUACCAGACGAUCUGCGUCAGAAAGUACUUUCGGACGGCACGUUGGUUAUCGAAAGCGUGCAAAAGAAGGGCGACGCCGGCGUGUACACGUGCUGGGCGAGAAACAAACAGGGUCACAGCGCCAGAAGAUCCGGCGACGUCGCAGUGAUCGUUCCCCCCAAAAUUAGCCCGUUCACCGCAGAUCGCGACCUGCAUCUCGGCGAGCGCACCACCCUCACGUGCUCCGUAACAAGGGGCGAUCUGCCGUUGUCCAUCACGUGGCUUAAGGACGGACGUUCGAUGGGACCGUCGGAACGCGUCACUGUCACCAAUAUGGACCAGUUCAAUAGCAUACUGAUGAUUGAAAGUUUAUCUCCAGAUCACAACGGCAACUACUCGUGCGUGGCCCGUAACGUGGCCGCAGAGGUAUCGCACACGCAGCGGCUUGUGGUUCAUGUACCCCCUAUUAUUGAGCCAUUUACGUUCCAAGAGGGACUAUCCGAGGGGAUGCGGACGCGGACGGUGUGCGGGGUCGCGGCGGGAGAUCCACCCUUAACCAUAUCCUGGCUAAAAGACGGCCAAAGUCCCUUUCCUUUGCCGCCGAAUCUGGCCUCCGUUGCAAACGUCUCCCAACUGGAUCCUUACUCGAGCCUUCUCAGUAUAACGAACCUCGCGGCCGAGCACUCCGGCGACUAUACCUGCGUCGCCGCGAACCCCGCCGCCGAGGUCAGGUACACGGCCAAGCUACAGGUAAAAGUGCCGCCCAGAUGGAUCGUCGAGCCGACCGACGUGAGCGUCGAGAGGAAUCGCCACGUCGCGCUGCAUUGCCAAGCGCAGGGCGUCCCGACGCCGACGAUUGUUUGGAAAAAAGCUACCGGAAGCAAAGCCGGUGAUUAUGAGGAGUUGCGCGAACGAACGUACACGAAAAUCCUUAGCAAUGGCACUUUGUUGCUGCAACACGUGAAAGAGGAUAGAGAGGGCUAUUAUCUGUGUCAUGCGAGCAAUGGCAUAGGAAGCGGUUUAGGAAAAGUCGUGCAAUUGAAGGUCAAUUCGUCUCCGUAUUUCGCGGCACCGUCGCGGCUCGUAACCGUGAAGAAAGGCGACACGGCAACGUUGCACUGCGAAGUACACGGCGAUAAGCCGGUUACCGUUACUUGGCUGAAAGGCGGCAAGAGCGAGUUGAAUCCUUCGACGAAUUACCGCGUCGCGGUGAAGCAGGAAGUAACGCCGGAUGGUGUCAUCGCGCAAUUGCAAAUCUCGUCGGCGGAAGCGGCGGAUAGCGGCGCGUACUUUUGUCAGGCGAACAACCUUUACGGUCGUGAUCAGCAGCUGGUGCAACUCCUCGUACAAGAGCCGCCACAACCGCCGAAUGCCCUAGAAACCGCCAUGGUAGCGAGUCGCAGCAUUAACGUUAAGUGGCAACAUAAGUCGCAAGACACCAGCGAAGUUACUAAGUACAUUCUUCAGUAUAAAGAGGGCGAAGGCGGAAUAUGGCAGCAGCAAGAAUUUACCGGGCCACCUUUACCGUACGCGGCGCUAAUUGACGAAUUGAAACCCGCCACUAGAUAUACGAUUCGCAUAAUAGCGGAAGGUCCGGCGGGCCGAUCUGUUCCUUCGACAGAACUAAUUGUCAAGACUGAACCACAAAGACCGGCCGGUCCGCCGAUGAAUCUCGCCGCCAGAGCUCUUUCCUCGUCUGAGAUUCUCGUCACCUGGUCACCACCGUUGCCGGAACUUCGUCACGGUGACAUACAAGGUUUCAACGUGGGUUACAGAGAAACGAGCUCGAACAAUCCGUCGUACAACUUUACCUCCGUGUCGGGUGACGGAGAGGAGGGCGGCGGGGAGCUUCGACUUACAGGUCUUAGGCCCUACACCAGAUACACUCUUGUCGUUCAAGCUUACAAUCAAGUUGGACCGGGGCCUAUAUGCGAGCCGUUGCUGACACAAACAUUGGAAGAUGUUCCAAGCGCUCCGCCGGACGACGUGAGAUGCGCAGCGCUCACUUCUCAGUCUCUGCAAGUGUCCUGGCAACCUCCGCCUAACACACACAGCAACGGCAUUAUUCAAGGCUAUAAAUUAAAUUACGAACCGAUUCUAGCGGACGCCUGGCGAGGGGUGGAUGAAAUGGAGGUUCGGAAAACAAGCGCUUUAACAACAGUUCUGACUGGGCUCAGGCGGUACACUAAUUACACCAUCCAGGUGUUGGCUUAUACCAGAAUUGGUGAUGGAGUGUCUUCCGCAACGAUUUACUGCCAGACUGAGGAAGACGUACCAGGUAGUCCUGCUGAUAUCAAAGUCGUCGUAAGUUCGCCGCAAGCUCUGUUCAUCUCGUGGUUACCACCGCUCGAACCGAACGGAAUCAUUACGAAAUACAACCUUUACACAAGAGUCGUUGACGGACGCGAGGAGCUCAAUCACGGCAAGAAAUCGUUGCCGGCUACGAGUAUGCACUUCGAAGCGAUUGAUUUGCAGCAACACGUCGAGUAUCAAUUCUGGGUAACCGCUAGCACCCGAGUUGGUGAAGGUCAAAGUUCGAGAGUGGCGGCGCAGGUGCCGACUAAUCGAGUGCCGGCCAGAAUCUGGUCUUUCGGCGGACAUGUAGUACGCCCGUGGCGAGGUUCAGCCACUUUGGAAUGCAACGCAGUCGGACAUCCAACGAGAGAAUGGUACAAGGGCGCCACGGAACAGAUACGCAGCGAUUCCGCCAAGAACGUGCAAAUUCUGCCGACUGGAGAACUCGUGUUGUCGAAUCUUCAGUCGCAAGAUAGCGGAAAUUACACAUGCCAAGUGGAAAAUUCGCAGGGCAGCGACAAGCUUCAUUACACCCUCACGGUGCAAGUUCCACCUAGCGCACCCGUAUUAUACGUAACUAGUUCCACAUCAAGCAGUGUGUUAUUGCAUUGGAAAUCCGAGAAUAACGGCGGCGCGCCGUUGACGGGAUACACAUUGUAUUAUCGAACUACUCACGGCACCCUCGAUGAGUUACAAUUAUCUCGCCACGCUACCAGCCACGAACUGAAGGGAUUAUUGUGCGGAAAUACGUACCAGUUGUAUUUGACUUCGCACAACAAAAUCGGCAGCAGUCCGUCGUCUCCGGUGCUCUCGGUUCGAACUCAGGGUCAAGCACCGGGAAUUCCACCGGCUUCUUUUCUCACUCCGAAUUCUACCACUUUAGUGUUGCGACUGCAUGUCUGGCCCGACAACGGAUGUCCCAUAAGAUAUUUCGUUAUUCAGUACAGACCGGCGAACGAAUUUCAUUGGACUUUAGUAUCGAACAACGUCAAGAUGCAACGACGAUUCGUCGUGACGAACUUGACGCCGAGUACCGUCUAUCAGCUCAAAGUCGAAGCUCACAACGUGGCCGGCAGUAAUCAAGCGGAGUUUACGUUUGUGACGUUGACGAAAGAAGGUGAACCACCACAUCCAGGAUUGUCGAAACGCGGAAUGACAUCGGUUAUGCCGUUUUACGCGGACAUUAAAGUGAUGCUACCGUUGAUAGUGGCUACUGUCGGGUUGGUCAUCGCGGUGGUAAUUGUUGCUUUUCGUUGGAGGAUCAGAUAUAUAGGAGGUCACGUGCAACGACCGAUGAAGGAGUCUCAGGAGAAUCAGCAGAAUGCCGAGACUCAGCGAGAGCGUUACUACGCCACGAUACACAAGGUGGCCCUUCAACAAGCGGCGAACACGGGCGGAGGACCCGACAAGAUUCCAGAGACAGCGGAGGACAUUUCGCCGUACGCUACGUUCCAGCUUUCGGAGGGUGGCGGGGGAAGCCUGGCAGGAUUGGGCGCUUUGGGCGGACUGGGAGGCGCGGCGGAGGCCACGGCAGCCGGUCUUCAUCCGAACAACACUCUCCUUCACAGCUUCAUGUAUCACGAGCACGCCAUGACCGAAGGAUGCGCGAGUCCUCCACCGGCGGCGACGAGCAUGAAGAGCGUUUCGUCGAGAAGACGACAGCAGAGAAAGCAGCAAACUCCGGGCGAUGUCGAGAGCGACGAGAGCGAGUCUGACCCGGACCAACUGAUAAGUUCGCGCACAGAAUCGUCGAAUCAACUGGACGCUGGCAAAUUAAAACAUAUUCGCGCGGUUUCGGACUUUAUCUAUCACGGCACGUCGAGCACCUCUUCGGACAUUUCUCCCAUGUCCGAACAGAAGUCACUGCCACGAAGAGGAAGAUCCAGAUGGCAUGUUCCCAGCAGGAGCUCUCUGCGUACGCUAUUGCCACCGAUCUCGGUCGCGGAGACCGCGUUUGUCGGCGGGAAUCAAGGGGCGGUUGUGCCCACGCCGGGGAACGGAGACCGGCCAGAGCUCAGCGAGGCCGAGUGCGACAUUGACUCCCUGAAGAAGCUGAAACUGGGCCUGAGGAGCUCUCUGUGGUCGCGGCCGAGCACUCAGAAUAAUCCAUCCUCGGAUUACUCCAUCGCCGUCUAAUCGGUCCAUCCUCCCCUUCCCGUUCCUUCUUCCAAUCCCGCGUGGUCAUCAAUUCUUUACGGUAAUAAAGACCUCCUCCUCUUCUCUUAUCUUUACUUUCAUUGGGCCAAAGAUUAGAUAUAAAUGGAUUUUUUUCUCUUUCGUGUCUCGUUGGAAGAUUCCCUCGUGGGUACUCGUCUAGGUGCCAAUCGACCGCCACGCGGGCACGUUUCUAUUGACGGUAGAUAAAUUGCAUUCUAUUUGUAAACGGCGAUCAAUAAGGAGAGAUGUGUAUAAAAAUAAAAAUUCGUGGAGAGAGAGAUUCGAGUUAACGAAGAUAAGCAUAUACAGAAGAACAGAAACGGAGUUUUGGAAAAAAAAAAAAUAA